UCCUCCAAAAAAAAUAGGAAAGCGAAGAAGAAAAUGGAGCACCAUACCACCACGAGUCGAGCUGAAGCAGAGCGGCUGCUGGGAAUCGCCGAGAAGCUUCUGAGGAACAAGGACUACUCCGGCUGCAAAGACUUCUCGCUGUUGGCCCAAGAGACGGAGCCGUUACUGGAAGGCUCCGACCAGAUCUUGGCCGUCGCGGAGGUCCUCUUGGCCUCCACCAGGAAGAUCAACAACCAGCAGGACUGGUACUCCAUUCUCCAAAUCGGAAACCGGACCGACGACCCGGAGCAGAUCAAGAAGCAGUACCGCCGCCUCGCGCUCCUCCUCCACCCGGACAAGAACAAGUACAUGUUCGCCGACGCCGCCUUCGGGCUCGUCGCGGAUGCGUGGGCCGUUUUGUCGGACGCCAAUAAGAAGGCGCUGUACGAUAACGAGAUGUCGCUUUAUACGAAGGUGGAUUUGGUGCCGACGAAGAAACCGGCGGCGAAACGGCAGCCGGGGACUGCGGCGGCCGCCCGCCGAUCUGAGGAUCAAGGUCAGAAACUCCCGGUGAGGAGAAGCUCCAGAGUAAGCGGUAAUAGCAAUAAUAACGAGAAUUCUAAUAGCGAUAAUAAUAAUUUCAAUAAUAGCAAUAGCGGUGGGAAUAAUCAGAGUGGUGGGGGGAGAAAUAUAAACCCUAGGAGCGGUGGUAGUGGGGUGAAAGCUCAAGCUCAAGCUCAAAGGUCGACUUUUUGGUCGGUUUGUCCGUACUGUUACAAUCUGUACGAGUAUGAGAGGACUUAUUUAGGGUGUUGUGUGAGGUGUGAGAAUUGCGAGAGGGCGUUCACGGCGGCGGAGAUACGGCAGAUGCCGCCGCGGGUGCCGGGGAAGAAUGCUUACUAUUGCUGUUGGGGAUUUUUCCCAAUGGGGUUUGUGAUAGGGAACACUGAUGGAAAGAGAAGUAUCUCUACUUCUGCUGCUGCCGCUAGCGGUUUCCCCAAUUGGAUGCCUCCCAUGUUCCCGGGUGGCGGUGGAGGAGCACCGCUGCCACCAGCAGCACCGGCUGCCGCUGUGGCACCCGGUGCCACCGCCCCGGCAAAUGGGGAGGGGUUUGUGCCGGUUGCCGAGGGUAAUGCGGGCAACAAUGUUACCGUGAUGGGGAUUGCGGCCGGGGGAGCUGCGCCAGCGCCGAAGCCGAAGCCAAAACCGUCGCCCCAGCCGGUGUCGGGAGGGCCUAGGAAGAGAGGUAGGCCGAGGAAGAAUCCACUAUAGAAGGUAGGUUGGUGUGCUUCGUUUUGCCCUCGAGAACUUUGUAUCUCAAGAAAUUUUCCGGGUUGCAUAUGCAUAUCUUGCUCGAGGGCAGGUCGAGUCGGUGAUCGAAAUGUACUUAAGCUCGUGAUUGUCUGCAUUUUACUUGUUCUAAGCUGCUGUCGAAAACCGAGCGUAGAAAUGGCUCUUGUUUCAAAUGUAAGUUAAGGUAGUUUCAAAUUUCGACUGCUGUACUUUAAAUUGUAACUCUUCCUGUUUGUACUUGUAGAAAAAUUUGAAUAUUUAUCAGAUGAUUUUCAGAUGGUCCAGAUGAAUGAGUUGAAAUGGUUCAA